AUGGCGUCUUCUCAGGACGCUUGGUAUUUAUCGUUGCUAGGUUUAGCUGAAAAUUUUCGAACAUCGAACCCACCGAAUAUUAAAUCAUGUAUUCAGUGUCUUCAAGCUGUAUUUCAUUUCAAACCACCACCUCGGGUCGAAGCUCGUACUCAUUUACAACUUGGGAAUAUUCUGCUUACCCAUACAAAAAAUAUCGAUUUGGCGCGAUCGCAUCUAGAACAAGCGUGGCGUUUAAGUCAAAAUAUAAACACCUUUGAUGAUGUUAAAUUUGAAGCAGUAAGUGUAGUAGCUGAAUUGUACGAACAACAGCAACAGCCAAGUUUAAGUAAACCAAUAUUAAGAAAGGCUAUAGAAUUAUCUCAGCAUAAUGUUUAUUGGCAUUGCAGACUUAUAUUUCAAUUGGCGCAAAUACACACAUCUGAAAAAGAUUUUGUAGCAGCCAAUGGUUUACUGAGCGUUGGCGUUGAUUAUUCACAUCUUAGUAAUGCAAGUUAUACGCGUGUAUUAUUUUUAUUAAGUCGAUGUAUGGUCUUAUUAAUAGAUAAACAGUUUACCGAAGUUCAUGCUCUUUUAAAUUCGGCUGGUCAUCAUGUUGAAAAUUGGCAAGGAAGUUCGUACCAAAAAGAAUACUUGAAAGUAUAUUAUUUGGUGCUUCAAGUUUGUCAUUUUCUUAUGGCUGGACAGGUAAACAGUGUGAAGUCUUGUUUAAAACAAUUACAACAAAGUAUACAAACGAUCAUGUCUCCUAACUGGCCAGCGGAUGAUGUAGUUACAGGUUCUAAUAUAGGAGAUAUGUUUAUAUGGAUGCCAAAGGAUCAUUUAUAUGUUUUGGUUUAUCUUGUAACUGUUAUGCAUUCCAUGCAAGCUGGUUAUAUGGAUGAAGCACAAAAAUAUACAAAUAAGGCUCUUACUCAAAUUGAAAAAUUAAAAAUCGUUGACAAUAAGCCGAUACUCUCUGUCUUUCAACUCAUGUUAUUAGAACAUAUAGUUAUGUGUCGUCUUGUUAUGGGAAAUAAAAGUGUGGCGCUUGCGGAAAUAGCUCAGGCAUGUCAACUUUGUAGGCGACAACCAAGAUUACUACAAGCCCAUCGACCGCAACUGCAUGCUCUUUUGGGAUUAUAUGCAAUGUCUAUGAAUUGUAUGGAAGCUGCUGAAGCUCAGUUUACAGCUGCUCUUAGGACAUCUCAAGAACGAGAACUGUGGACAUUUGCCAAUUUAAAUCUGGCCAUAGUAUAUCUCAGAACAAAAAGAGACACAGAAUUGGGUGCUUUAAUGGAAAGAAUAAAUCCAGAAUCCUUACCAUCACACUCACAUUCCUUAAGAGCAGCAGCAUACUAUGUUCAAGGUCUCCAAGCUUUUUUUGGAGCUAGACAUAAUGAAGCCAAGAGAUACCUAAGAGAAACAUUGAUAAUGGCAAGCGCAGAGGAUUUAAAUAGACUAACUUCUUGUAGCCUUGUUUUGUUAGGACAUAUAUUUCUUUCAUUAGGAAAUAGCAGAGAAUCUAUGAAUAUGGUAACACCGGCUAUGCAACUUGCUUCCAAAAUACCAGAUGUGCAUGUACAAUUAUGGGCUACUGCUAUUUUGAAAGAUUUGUAUAGAAUUUGUGGGGAUCCUAAUCGUGAAAAUGAAGCAUAUCAAAUGCAUUGUACAUUUUCUCAAACCCUUUUGAAAGACCACUUUCAAAGUACACAAAUGAGUGAACAUGCUCUUAUUCAGUGGACAGAUGGUCCUAUACCUGUUUUGCCAAAUGACCCACCACCUUCCACAUCUCAAACAAUUCUUCAAUAAAAUUAAAAAAUACCAAUUUUGCUUAUUUACUUAAAGUAUAUGGUUGUUAAAAUGUGAAAGUAUGUCAGAUUUGUGUGAUAGUGUUGCUGAAUGGUCAUUAUGCAAGAAAGGAAAAAAAACUAAUAGUGCAAAACUUAAUACAUAAAAAGUAAGUUUGUUAUAUAUUUAGAAUUCAUUUCAUAGAAUGACAUGUGUUGAUUCUAUAUUUAAUAUGGAAAAGUUAUUUGGGCUAUCAGAAGGGCGUUUGAAUUAUUAUUAUUUUUAGAAAAAUGUAAUAUUCUUUAGUAUAGAUUCCUUCUAUAACAUUUAUUUCAAAUUUAGACGAUAUGAACAGAGAAAAACGCACAUCCUGAUAAAACAGAUGUAUAGAAAAUUAAAAAAAAAUUGGUUAAUUUUAAAUUAUAUUAUGUCAAGUGAAUUUAAUGGAAUAUUACAUGUAAUAAUAUUCUAUAUAUGUUAGAUAUAUUAAACUUCGAAUAUUCUUAAUUUUUAUUAAUACAGUAAAAAUAUUUUUAUCAUUAAUUUUAUAUGUAGCUUGCUAUUAUGCUAAAAGAGUUAAUGUUAUUAUAUUUUAAUUUGUAUUAGAAAGAGAUUUAGUUUUAGAUUAAAUUAGAUUAAUUAUUGCAGGGUUAACAUGAUAACAUUAUACCAAAGUAAAGUAAGUUAAAAUAACAUUGACAAUGAUAAUGAUAGAAAUGAUAAUAUUCAAGAUAAUCAAUAAUUGAUAAACAUUGCGAUUACCAGAAUGACUGAUGAGUGUUCUCUGUAUUAGUUUUAUUCAAAAUGAGAUACAACUUAUUUUAUAUAAUAGUAAAAAUGUACAGUAAAUUUUAACACAAUUUAAGAUAAAUAUUUUAAUAAAUUUCUUAUAGAAUUUUGUAAAUUCUAACUUUUCUCUGAUAAGAAAAAGAGUUUUAUAAAAUAAGAAAGUAAUAUAUUUACUAAACUCAUUUUGUGUGUGCAUUAAUUUAAUUUCUUAAUACGAAUUUAAUCGAAGAACAUCUUAUUUAUUUUUUCAAACGCUUUUCUGACAUUAUCUGUAUUGCAGCUUUUUCCACUAUUAAAUAUGUGAUUCAAUCUUCAUUUUUUUGCAGUCUGUAUCUCUUUUCUUUUUUUUAUCACACCAUGUAUCUGAUACAUAUCAAGAUUCAAAAAUUGUAUAUGGUGUG